AUGAAGCCAAUAACACACACAGUCGGCAAUUUUUUAGAUAUGCUAAAGACAGAAGACCGUGGCAUCGAUCGAGCAUGCAUAACAUCGCUAGAUGGUGUCAGGAUAGCUUCUAGCAACACGAUAGAAUCGCUUUUAGAAGAGGAUUUCAAAUUAUUAAUAAACGAUAAUGAAUACAUUGUCUCGCCGCCGUUACGAGAAAGGUGCACGACAGAGGAUUUGCAGAAACUCGGAGAUGUACAAGCGCUCGUUGCACAGUUGUACGAGGCAUUCCACGUACGGGAGUACCAUGUCGACAUGGAAAGAUCUGUUAUCGCCGAGCUAGAGAAUAUUAGACUACAGCUGGAACCCAUGGAACAGAAAUUGCAAGAAAUUCAAAAUGCUGCUUACAAGAAGGCAAAUUUUUUUGUCUGGACGUUCCUAGUCAUGAUGUCUAUCCAAUUUGGGGCGUUGGCCCGAUUAACUUGGUGGGAAUACUCAUGGGAUAUAAUGGAGCCCGUCACUUACUUCGUCACUUAUGGCACUACUAUGAUGUGGUUUAUUUAUUAUCUCGUGACUCGACAGGAAUACAUGCUGCCGGACGUGUUGAAUAGACGACAUCUAAUAGUGCUUCAUAGAAGAGCGCGAAAAGUCGGUCUUGACAUUAACGUGUACAAUGCGUUGAAGAAUCGCGCGUACGAGUUGGAGACCACGCUGAAAAUUAUUCGUGGUCCUUUAUACGAUUACAAGAUUCAACGGAAAAGACAGCAACGCUCCAGAUCAAGUUCGAGUAGCUCAAGAUCACCAAGUUCUUCGCCUAGUCCUAGCCCCAGUCCUAGCCCCGAAAGAGAUGUUCCUAAAGUUAUAUCCGAGUCGAACAUCCCCGAAGAAAUACGUCAGAGAAUAUAA